UCUUCCGGAAUUCGCAGCCUUUCGUUUUCCCGAAUCUGGCUGUCCAACUGGGUCCUCACCCACCCAACCGAUGUCGUCCGGCCGGCCUCGGGGUUGAGAAAUGUUUCCCUGGCGUGUGGGAGAGCUGAGAGACAGCAGCCUCCUUAAAAGUGGUGAGCCGUCAUGAUCCCCAUCACGGAGCUGCGCUACUUUGCCGACACCCAGCCGGCGUACCGCAUCCUGAAGCCGUGGUGGGACGUCUUCAACGACUACAUCUCGGUGGUCAUGUUGAUGAUCGCCGUGUUUGGCGGCACGCUGCAGAUCACGCAGGACAAGAUGAUCUGCCUGCCGUGCAAGUGGGUCGCCAACGACUCGUGCGAGGCGGCGCCCGGCGGCGCCCCGCGGCCGGGGGAGCCCCGUGGCAUUCAGAACGACCUGGACCGCCACCAGUACAGCUACAUCGACGCCGUGUGCUACGAGAGCAAGCUGCACUGGUUCGCCAAGUACUUCCCCUACCUGGUGCUGCUCCACACGCUCAUCUUCCUGGCCUGCAGCAACUUCUGGUUCAAGUUCCCGCGCACCAGCUCCAAAUUGGAGCACUUUGUCUCCAUCCUGCGAAAGUGCUUCGACUCGCCGUGGACUACCAGGGCGCUGUCGGAGACGGUGGUGGAGGAGAGGGACUCCAAGCCUUUGGGGAAGGCCAACGGCUCGAACGACAAAAGGACCCUGUACCAGGAGCUGGCCGCCGGCAAGGACGUGGAGGCCAGCGUGCCCAUGCUCCAGAGAACGAGGAGCAAAAUCGAGAAGGGCAUCGUGGAGCGAUCGGAAACGGGCGUUCUGGACAAGAAGGAAGGGGAGCAGGCCAAGGCUCUGUUUGAGAAGGUGAAGAAGUUCAGGAUCCACGUGGAAGAAGGCGACGUCAUCCACCGUCUGUACGUGCGUCAGACGGUCAUCAAAGUCAUCAUGUUUCUGUUGAUCAUCAGCUACGCCAGCUACUACGUUUGCUACAUCCGCUUCGGCGUCAUGUGCACGGUGGAGACGGAGAAGCUGACGGGCUUCGGCACCUUCUACUGCGCCCACCCGCUGGCGACCCUCUUCCAAAUCCUGGCGUCCUUCUACAUCAGCCUGGUGCUGGUGUACGGCCUGAUCGCCAUGUACACGCUGGGCUGGAUGCUGCGGCGCACGCUCAAGCGCUACUCCUUCGAGGCCAUCCGCGAGGAGGGCAGCUACAGCGACAUCCCCGACCUGAAGAACGACUUUGCCUUCAUGCUGCACAUGCUGGACCAGUACGACCCGCUCUACUCCAAGCGCUUUGCCGUCUUCUUGUCGGAGGUGAGCGAGAACAAGCUGCGGCAGCUCAACCUCAACAACGAGUGGACGCAGGACAAGCUGCGGCAGCACGUCUCCAAGAACUCCCAGGAGAAGUUGGAGCUGCACCUGUGCAUGCUGAGCGGCAUCCCCGAGACCGUCUUUGACCUGCCGGAGCUGGAGAGCCUCAAGCUGGAGUUCAUCCCCGACGUCACCAUACCGCCCAUCGUGGCCAAGCUGUCCAACUUGCGCGAGCUGCGGCUCUACCACACGCCGGCCAAAAUCGAGUCGGCCGCCCUCACCUUCCUGCGAGAGAAGCUGAAGUCCCUGCACGUCAAGUUCACCGACGUCAAGGAGAUCCCGCUGUGGAUCUACAGCCUCAAGAACCUCAGCGAGCUGCACCUGACGGGCAACCUGAGCGCCGACAACAACCGCUACGUGGCCCUGGACGGGCUGCGGGAGCUGAAGAGGCUCAAGGUGCUGCGGCUGAAGAGCAACCUGUACAAGCUGCCGCAGGUGGUGACCGACCUGAGCGCGCACAUCCAGAAGCUUUCCAUCAACAACGAGGGCACCAAGCUCAUGGUGCUCAACAGCAUGAACAAGAUGGUCAACCUGAGUGAACUUGAGCUGGUGCACUGCGACCUCGAGCGCAUCCCGCACUCCAUCUUCAGCCUGCACAACCUGCAGGAGAUCAACCUGAAGGACAACAACCUGAAAACCAUCGAGGAGAUCAUCAGCUUCCAGCACCUGCGCCGCCUGGUGUGCCUGAAGCUCUGGUACAACCAGAUCGCCUACAUCCCCAUUCAGAUCGGCACCCUCAACAGCCUGGAGAAGCUCUACCUCAACAGGAACAAGAUCGAGAAGCUGCCCGGCCAGCUCUUCUUCUGUCACAAGUUGCGCUUUCUGGACUUGAGUCACAACAACCUGACUGUCAUCCCGCCCGACGUGGGCUUGCUUCAGAACCUGCAGCACUUUGCCGUCACGGAAAACCGAAUCGAGGCGCUGCCCAUGGAAUUGUUCCGGUGCUGCAGGAAGCUGCGCGUGCUGCAGCUGGCCAACAACUGCCUGGAGACGCUGCCGGCGUGCGUGGGCCAGCUGGCCGGCCUGACUCAGCUGGAGCUGCGGGGCAACAACCUGGAGAGCCUGCCGCCCGAGCUGGCCGAGUGUCGGCUGCUGCCGCGCGGCGGCCUGCUGGUGGAGGAGAAGCUGUUCAACGCGCUACCGCCCGAGGUCAAGGAGCAGCUGCUGAGCGCGGACAAGGAAAAAGCCUGACGCCCGCCUCGUCUCAUUCUUAUUGCCUCGGCGAGGUAAGUGGGACGUGACACUCACUAAUGUACCCGAGAAGCCUUAAAUGUUCCUUGCUUAAGCCUCAAUCAGAACCGCCUGGGGCGUGCCACCUGGGCUCUGUGCCAAGCCCCCCUUUUUUUAAUCGGCACGUCGAAGUGAUUUUCUUCCUUUUUGCACUGCCUACGUGCCAAUGGACCAGAAUCGGACAUCCGGAAGGAACUGCUUGAAUAGAAUCGGAAUCAUUCACUCAACUCCUAUUACAGAGGGCUUUUUAUGGAGCGGACUACAAAGUUCACUCAUCAAAUCAGAAAGUGGUGGGCGUUUAUAUUUGCCAAAUGGAAUCUGCCUGUUUACCGCCGUAGGCGUAUAUGUUUUGUAGGUGAGAAAGGUGUGGCCUCGCAAAAUGCAGACAAAGGUCGCCUUGUGGCUUUUUCUCUCGUGGCUGCUGUAACGCAUGGGCCAAAGUAUUGCUUUUCUGGUGAUCGUGACCAUUGUAUGGAAAUGUAGCGUGAGCGCAUCUACGGGGUGCCACUUAACCCUCACUACACAUUCCAACACGACUCCAAAAUGGCCGCCUCAAUAUUUGGUGGAUGUGGAGGCUUCUCGUUUUUAGCUUUUGCAAGCUAAAUGGACAUUUUUUAGCUGCUCACGUCCACUGCUUUGAACCGCUUCACGUGGCUUAGCAUGUUGCUAAUAUGGCCUUAAUUUAUGUCUUAUUUUUUUUAAAAAAAACAAAAAAAACUUAAGCUGCACACUUAAAUGUUUACCCAAUUACAGAAUGCGUUCUUACAGCUGCCUGAUUGUUUUGUAUUUUGAUUCUAAUAUUAAACGUUUUGACACAA